GCAGAGCAACAGGUUGGAGAAGUUGAAGUCUCUGCAAAUAGAUUUGAAUGUUUAGUUUUAGUUUUUAGUUUUAGUUUAGAGUCUGGAAGCGAGAAGAUAUGAGCUCAUGCAAGUUUGCUUAAUGGGCAAAAACAUUGUGGUUGAAUUCCGUGUGAAAUUUGUAUAUAUAUAUUUUUUUUUUUUAGUUUUUGAUCAAGUAGAGCAUCCUCAAGCUUCCAGGUGACUAUUAAAUGAUCAGAAGUUACUUCAACUCACUUCUGGCGACUGUGAAGUUUGAAGAUUCUGAAAUUAACAUUAAGCAGUCAAUUUUGAUCAAACAGGGAUUUUUUCUUCAGUGAAGCAUCACCACCAGGUUUAGAAACUGUCCAGAAGUUUGUAACACUUCGGGUCGUCAAGAUGUUUCCCGUGGCUCUCCUCGCAGCGCUCAGCGUUUUUACGCAUCUGGACACUUUUACGCACGGGUGCCAGCUCCCCUCCGAGUGGCGGCCGCUGAGCGAGGGCUGUCGGGCGGAGCUGGCGGAGAUCAUCGUGUACGCCCGGGUCCUGGCGAUCCACCGGGAGCCCAUGGCCGGCGGGGCGGGCAGCCUGUACAACUCGCUGCCCUUUGGGUUCGGGUACGGGUACGAGGGCGCGGAGGAAGGGCUGCUGUACUCUGCGGAGGUGGAGCUGCUGUGCGACCAGGCGUGGGGCAGCAUGCUGGAAGUGCCAACUGGAUCAAGGCUCAACCUGACCGGACUGGGAUACCUGUCCUGCCAGUCCCACACCGUGAUGGAGAAUUACUCCUACUUCUUCUUCCUAAGGAUGGACGACAACUACAACAUCCUCCCACACGGCGUCAACUUCCAGGACGCCAUCUUCCCCGACACGUCUGACAACAGGCGCACCUUCUCCAGCCUCUUCCAGUUCUCCAACUGCACCCAAGGGAGCCAGCCUUUCCACACCUUCAGCCCUGAGUGGGACACCCAAGAGGACAGCAGGCUACUGUGCUCCUCGGUGCAGGCCGCGCUAUUCGAGGAGGAGGAGCGAGGCCGCAAGAUGCAGGAGCGCUUGGCCGCGGCGGAAAGGAGAAACCGGCAGCUGAAAGAGCGCAUUCGGAAGGUGAAGCGCUCCUUGAGGAACGCCCGCAAGGCUGCGCGCAAAGCCGAGCAGGAGGCGCAGGAGCUGCAAGAGAAGCUGAAGGCUGCGGAGCGGAGGGUGGGGCAUCACCUCAACGCCAUAACACAGGAGGAGCCUCCACCGGGGCGUUACUCAAGCACGACGAUACGCAAGAGAAUGCAACUUUAACUAAUCCUUCCCACCCCGUCUGCCACCCGACAGGACUGAAAGCUGGCCGUGGAGAGCGAGAGACUGCUGGAUGGUCUCUAUGUAAAGGGACAAAUAAAAAGCAACAUAUGCAUAAACACAAUUUUAAAGUUAUAAUCUACAUAGACUUUCUGUACAUAAACUAGCCCUUUCUUUUGUAUCUCUGAUUGCUAUAAAACAAGAGUGAAGGUCAGGACCAUUCCUGGUCAACUGACAAAAGAGCAAGAAGAUUCCUGAAAGAGAAUCAAACAUUUAUUUUCUCCAUGAUUACUCUCGCAGGUGGAGCAGAGCUGUAGCUCUGCUGCCUCCUACAACUGGAUUCACUUCCUGCUCAGCUGCUUCUCAGGCUGCGAUCACAUAGAAAGUGUUUUUGCUCCAACACAAAGAGAAGCUCUUAGUGACAAUAGUAACAGUAGCAGCAGGAGCUUAUCAGAGUGCUGGUUCUCUCAACCUGGAGGAAAAGUGGUUCAUGUUUUAAAACAAUAAAUGACAAAAGAAAGUCAUGUUUUAUGUCAGUUUAUGCUGGAGCGAGACAACAAGAUGUAAGAGUUUAGUUAAAGGGGCACUCCACCUAUUGUACAUUUCAAUCAGUUUGCAAGUCAGAUGGAGCUUGUGAAAGCAGGCCGAUAAUAUCUUUAAUGGCUCUGGUGUCAAGUCUUAAAAUAACAUGAUGUCAUUAGGGUUAUUUUGGUUUUAACAGAAAUCCUCAUAACAUAAAGUGUUACACAUUUGGCACAUGAAGUUUAAAAGAGAUCAGUAUUUACAAAGUAGGGUCAGGUAGGAGGGUCUAAUGGAAAACAGCGUUGAAUUGCAGAAUUGCAUUAUGGAAAGUGUGGGAUCCAGAGUUUAAAAGUCAGGAUAUUUCUGCCUCUGUUGCAUCAAUUUUGACUUAACCCCCCAGACUAUUGGGGCUUCCAAAUUAUGAGCUGUUGAAACAAUGGUAUGACAUGCUGGGCAGUUGGUGUACAAUGGGUUUAUUGGAGUAUUUUUUAAUUACAGAAAACAGCUGCGUACUGCCAAAUGGAAACAAUGCUGACAAAAGCGAUUAGAUUAAAUUAAUACAUUUAGGCUGAAAGACCAAAACAGUGAGCUGAAAGAUGCUAAAAUACUCUGCAGAGCUGAGAAAACUACAGAUUUGAGUGAGAAUUCUUUGUGGGUUUUUCACUAUAAGCAUCCCUUUUCACGAUGCACAUACUAAUUUGACCCAUUGUUAAUACAGUAAAAUGAAUCAUAACAGCAGCUAUAAAUAACUGGAAGACAUUUUAGCCUCAUAGCUUAUUCGUUUUUUGCAACACAUAUUUUAGGACGAUCUGCAGCAACCAAACAGUUAACCAAAGAAAACACACAUUCCAAAAAGCUAUCUAUGUCAUCAUGGCCUGGUGAAGCAAUGAUAAGAAACAUUAAAUAUAAUUUUAAUGUUGUGAGUUUAUCUUUGAGCAGAGAGAUGUGUAUCUGAGAAUGAGAAGUCUGGGAUGUUUGAGACUGUUCAUUUAUUAUUAAGUCGAGCUUUUUAAAGUCUGGAACAUCAGCCUGUAUACGUGGAUAUUUUUGUACGAAUGUUUUUCUGCAUAUAAAAUUGAA